GAAGUCAUUUCGCAUUGGACGGUGUCGCUCGGAGGAGGAGACCCCGCGGCAGUUUAGCGCUUGAUUGACGUCGAAGAAGAAAAAGAACACAAGAUCGGAUUACAAGAUGGCGGUCUGUGGACGUUAGCACGGAGGCCGUCGGAGUUGUUGUGCUCUCUGUGAAUUUCACCGCUUCAUUUUAGGCCUCCUUUGUAGCUGUUGACCACCGUAAGCGGAAUGUGUUUAUGGGAAUAUUACCAGCGUGUUUUUCUGCUGCAGAGAACUUCAUAAAGACGCGCAUGUUAAAUAACAUGCUGGUGGGAACAAAGUUAACAGGUCGAGGGUAGGAAAACACCAGACGGGGUGAGGUGAUAGCGAGCCUGCUAGCUCGGACUCGGUUAACCAUGUCGGACACUCGGCGGCGAGUGAAAGUUUAUACGCUGAAUGAAGACCGGCAGUGGGACGAUCGGGGUACCGGACAUGUUUCUUCAACGUUUGUCGAGCGGUUGAAGGGGAUUUCGUUGUUGGUCCGAGCCGAAUCAGACGGUAAGAUCUCUGCUAGCUUUAGCCACAUUGACGAUGCUAAAGGCUAAGCGUUAGCGCGCUACCUCCUGGUUGUUCAAGUGGACUCUGAAUACGCUUUACGGACUCUACAAGCUUGCUUUGCUGACUGUGCUGUAGCAGCUGGAACAAACUGCUUCAUAUUUAUGUAUUUUACAAUCAUUUUUUUCUGAUGGAAAGAUAGUAGUUUAAAGCAACUGUUAGCAUGCCCGUUGCUUUAACAGGCGACGUGAUCCUAGCAUGGGGGGCCUUCAAAGUCUAGUCUGAAACGUACUAACUUGUCAUUGAUUUUUAAUGCGAGUAAUUUUGUGUGAGUUUAAAGUCUUGACAAAUGAAAGCCAGAUGGGCUGUAAAUGUGUAAAAAUAUAGUUUAUCCUUGUUUUAACUUGUUACUGUUGUACUUUUGACUAGUUCGGCGUUGAUCAUUGUCUCUAGUGUGCCAAUUGUUCUCCUUUGAGCAGGUUGAUCGACGAUAACCCCUAAGAGUUCCAUGUUGAAAUCGUUUAUUCUUGAUUAACAGUGAAUGGUAACUGUAAAAUCUGCUUUUUUUCAGGAUCCCUAUUAUUGGAAUCGAAGAUCAGCCCGAAUACUGCAUAUCAGAAACAACAGGUAAGAACAAAUCAGCCACAAGGACCACGAACUUGUAGACCCCCUCAGACUUUAAGUCUCAGCUCUUUUUUGAAAAGUUGCUCCUUUUUCAUGUAACAAAUUACAACAAAGAUCUGGAAUGAAAGAAUCUGGUCUCACUGGACUUCUUUAAAGAAAUGGUGAACAGUUUGGAUACAUGCUGUAGGUAUUCUGCUUCAUGAUUUUGGUCGAGUUGGACAAAAAUAUGUUGUUUGAUGUGACAUAUACAUAUUUUAUUUGUAUGGCUACUUCAUCAGAAACUUUUAACUGCUGCUGCCCGUCUUGGCCCGUGCACUUAAAAAGUCCAAGUGCCUUCAUUUGUCUCCCAUGGAAGAAAUUUAUCUUGGAUAGAGGGGUCUGCUGUAGACCGGACAACCCACACAUUUCAACACACACACACGGCAAAAACUCCAUAAAAUCAAUUAAUAACUAUACAAGCAGUAAAUGAAAUACAAAGCAAUUACAUAAUCAAUAGAGAUGCAAAGUUAAUAAAUUGGUAAUUAGGGUAGAUAGAAAAUAUAUACAAUUUAUGCUAAUGCUAAAAACGCAGAGAUGUACUCGAAAGUCACAAUAGUGCAAUACAUCUGUGCAAAGUCAGCAUCACAUCCGUUAACUUCUUAUUAUUGUCUCCGUCCAAAAAAUGGGCUAGUGAUGUCAAGUUUUUCUCCUGGUUGAAUAAAGGUCAAAUAAAACCAAAUGAAUACAGUUUAGGAAUGUAUUGUUCUAGUUAUUAACACAUCAGAUGUGUUGCUGACUAAUUACUGCGGCAACAAUGAUGCAACAUGCAAUAGAAAUGAGUAUCUGUUCUGAUUAGAAAACUGGACAUCAGCAGAUUUAUUUAUGCUAGUAGUUUUAUCAUUUUGAUUUCUGAAUGGGAUCCUUGUGUAUGUGUGUAGGAUGAGCAUUUCUUUAUGUUAGGUUAUUUUUUUUCUUUUUCUUUCAGGACACACUGAUUGUUUGGUCGGAAGCAGAUAAUUAUGACCUUGCCCUCAGUUUCCAGGAAAAGGCUGGCUGUGAUGAGAUCUGGGAGAAGAUUUGCCAGGUAGAGUCAACAAUGUUUUUUUUUUUUUUUUUCCAUUUCAGUUCAUUUGUUUACUGGGCAGUACUCAAACGGCAAAGGGUCAUAAUAGCUGGUGCAGCAGUUUUAGUGGUGCUACCAUAAAAGGCAAGAGGCAGAGCAGUAAUACCUCUGGUUUGUUUGUUUUUGUCAUAUCUACAAUGUACAUGUUUGUAGGUUCAAGGGAAAGACCCUGCCUUAGACAUCACCCAGGACCCCAUCGAUGAGUCAGAGGAGGAGCGCUUUGAGGAGAUCCCAGAGACAAGCCACCUGGUGGAGCUCCCACCCUGUGAACUUAGUCGUUUGGAGGAGAUCGCUGAUCUCGUCACUUCAGUUUUGUCUUCGCCCAUCCGCAGGGAAAAACUGGCCUUGGCCCUGAUGAGCGAGGGCUACAUCAAGAAACUGCUGGGUCUUUUUAGAGUAUGUGAGGAUCUGGACAACAGGGAAGGCCUACAUCACCUCUAUGAGAUUGUCCGUGGAGUCUUGUUCCUCAAUAAAGCAGCCCUCUUUGAGGUCAUGUUCUCUGAUGACUGUAUCAUGGAUGUGGUGGGCUGCCUCGAGUAUGACCCAGCGCUGGUGCAGCCCAAACGGCACCGGGAAUUCUUGACCAAGACGGCAAAGUUUAAGGAGGUGAUCCCCAUCACGGACUCUGAGCUGCGGCAGAAGAUCCAUCAGACGUACAGAGUUCAGUACAUCCAGGACAUUAUCCUGCCCACACCAUCUGUUUUUGAGGAGAACUUCCUGUCCACGCUCACCUCCUUUAUCUUCUUCAACAAGGUGGAGAUUGUCAGUAUGUUGCAGGUAAGGAUCCACACCAGGUAACCUAUGUUAUUCCCUUUGGUCACAUACAACAAUAAUCCAUUGUACAGUUAAGAUGAUUUGUCUGUGUAUGUUUGAAAAUUUGCACCCUGGAUGAAAAAUACUAAACUUGUGUUUUGGGAUCAUAGAAUGUGUUGAUUUCUUUUGGUGUAUAAAGAUUUAAACAAUGAUUGAUUAUCACUGUAGAUUAUUUAUGGUAAUUCCAAUAAUUUGAAGCAGUAUGUCGAUCUGCUUGAUUCUGUUGUCGUCUAAAGACAAUGUAUUCAGACAUAGAUAAGCUUAAAAACAUAUUUUUGUCCAUGACUGAAAGUGCAUCACGUUUUUUACAUGUAUGAAAGAAAAUCGAACACUAAUAAAAAGGUCUUUGGUUUUGCCUGUAACUGCUUUUGUAUCAUGUAUAAUUAAAAUGAUUUAUACUACACACUAGCUAGCAGUUUUUCUGCCUUGAAUGUCUUCGCUUCAAUAACUAAAAAACUUACUUUAAAUCCUCCAGGACUUUUGUUUUCUCCUUAUGUUUCUUUUGUGUUUAAAUUUAUUUUUAAGGUAUCUUGAUUUUUUUUUUUAACCGUCUCAUUCCCCUGCCACAGGAAGAUGAAAAAUUCCUAACAGAGGUCUUCGCACAGCUCACAGAUGAAGCCACAGAGGACAGUAAAAGGAGAGAGCUUGUAAGUCGAACCAUAUUGAGUCUUCUGGUAGGAUCUUUGGUAAUGUUUAGGAAGUGUUGGACGCUUUUGUGAUGUUGACUUUAAAUUCCGUUAAAAUAAAAUGCUCCAUUACUGUCCUAAAAAAAACUUCAAUUCUGACUUUGAUAAAUUUUUCUUCCAAGGGCUCACCAUGAAACUUGACAUUUCUGUAUGUUUUGUAAGGAUGAUUGUGAUAGUCGUAUUUUUCUGUUGGUGUAAGUUCCAGGUACAACUAUGGUAACAAAAAAGCCUUAUGUUGGGGGUUUGUGUAAAUUGACUAUUUGAGACAGGACCCAGAAUAACUGUUCAUUUGCUGCACACUGUCAUGUAUAAAACAAUGAGAGAUAAUUUUCCUCACUUGGCUUAAAUUGUUGGCUCUAAUUUGUCAAUUUCUGGUUUCUCUUGUCUUCUUUCCUUAAGGUGAACUUUGUCAAGGAGUUCUGUGCUUUCUCACAAACGCUGCAGCCUCAAAACCGUGACGCUUUCUUCAAAACUCUGGCAAAUCUAGGCAUCUUACCUGCUCUUGAAAUAGUCAUGGUACGUUGGCUGUUAGUUUCUAAGUGAAUAUUUUUGCGUACUUCCCAAGUUGUCGCAUCUUUGACCAUGGUGUGUGCAGUGUUUUGACUGUAUUCAAGUUUUAAACUUUCUCCUCUUCAGGGAAUGGAUGACCUGCAGGUGAGGGCGGCAGCAACAGACAUCUUUUCUUACCUGGUGGAAUUCAGCCCCUCCAUGGUCAGGGAGUUUGUCAUGCAGGAACCUCAGCAGACAGACGACGUAAGAAUCAGAUCAAACACAAAAUUUUAAGUCCGCCUGCACUUGUGGAGAUGUGUAUUUGUUCCAAGAGUUGUCUAUAAUUUGUUUACAUGUUGUAAAGAAUACUGAAUUUUGCUCCACUGCCCUCAAGUUUGUUGGUAAAUGUUUGAAAUGUUGUAUACUGGGUAAUGUGAAAUCAUAUCAGUGACAGUGUUUCUCUUGAAUACCACUCAUGUCUUUGUAAAAGACAAUGUGAUCCUAAAGUGAGCAUACCUUUUGAGUAAUAAAGGCCAACUGUAAGUGUCAAAGAGAGGCGGUGCUUCACUUCAGUCUCUGACAAGUGCAGUUAGUUAGUUAUAGUUUAUUUUGGCUUUGAAACAAGGUAUAUUCCAUUCCAUCGCAUUUCAAUUACAUUUGUUUCAGUAAUCAUACAGUCAAUUAACAAAUGAAAUAAGAGGGUGGUCAGAGGGCCUACAACUACAAAAAAGCUGUUAACCAUCCAGUUUGCAGAGACUGAUAAUCAAGAAUUUCUUUUUUAAUUUUUAAACUUGCAUAAAUUAAAGGCCACAUAUUUCUUUUAAAGAAGUGUUCUUUUCAGUGAGGUUUAUGAUGGCAUUUUUGUGACACUACACUUGGAUUUUUUUUUUGUGAACAGCCCCCUGAAUUCAUAAUUAGAUGGAAACUGUGUCGCUUGACGGAAGCUUCGCCUGUGUGUGUGUUUACAGGAUGUGUUGCUGAUAAACGUUGUGAUCAAGCAGAUGAUUUGCGACUCUGACCCAGAGUUAGGAGGGGCCGUCCAGCUGAUGGGUCUGCUCAGGACACUCAUUGACCCUGAGAACAUGCUGGCUUCAACCAAUGUAAGCUAAACCAUUACACAUGGAUUAAAUUGCAGCUGGCUGUGAGAUGAUAUGAUGACCGUCAUGAUGAUUAGUCUAAAUCCAUUAAAGCUGGAGGCACCAAAGGGUAGUGGGAUCAUUGGGAGAUCUACUGUCUUGAUUUGUAUACUGUAUCAGAGAGAUGCCUGCUUAAUUGCAAACUAUAUUUUUUGUGCAAACACCAAUGUUUAUCCCGUUUUGUUGAUUGUUUCUCUUAGAAAACUGAGAAGACAGAGUUUCUGAGUUUCUUCUACAAGUACUGCAUGCAUGUCCUGACUGCUCCUCUUCUGGCAAACACUGCACACGACAAAAACUCAAAAGGUGAGCUGGGAACAGAGGCCUUUCAAAAAUUUAAGUUUUAGACCAAAAGAAGUAAAGAAUUUCACGGUUAAUUCAUGUCAUGACUUUUCAGAUCUUCAGGAGGGAUCAACUAAAAUCAACCCCGUCUGUCCAGGUAAGUGUUACACUGCUCAGUAUUUGUCAUAGACCACCAAACAGACAGUAACCUGGGCAUGCCAUGACAUAGAAACACCACCUGAAUGUUUUGUGAUGUUGUUGGCACCUACAAGGUUGAGAUAGAUAAAGUAGCAUACUGCAAAGUAUGAUUUUAUCUUGAGAAAAAUGGCUGAACUCAAAAUGGUCUUCAGCUUAUUGUGGAAAUUGGGAAUGGCACAUAGGUGUUGACAGGUUUUUAAGAAACUUUGUUGAUUUUUUUCUUGUGUAGACAACUUCCAGACAGCUCAGCUGCUUGCACUGAUUCUGGAGCUUCUUACCUUCUGUGUGGAGCACCACACGUAUCACAUCAAGACCUACAUCAUGAACAAAGACCUGCUCAGGAGAGUGCUGGUACUCAUGAACUCAAAACACACCUUCCUUGCCCUUUGUAAGUCCCCACAUUCACACCCAACACCUUUUUGUUUCCUCAAAUUGUGCUACUUUUUGUCUAGAUCUUACAAUUUAAAUGCGAGCACAGCUUUAUUUAGACUUUGCUUUCUAUUCUUGCCCAAGGUGCCCUGCGUUUCAUGCGUAGAAUCAUCGGUCUAAAGGACGAGUACUACAACAGAUACAUCAUCAAAGGGAAUCUGUUUGAGCCUGUCAUCAACGCCCUGCUGGACAACGGCACCAGAUACAACCUCCUCAACUCAGCCAUCAUUGAGCUCUUUGAGUUCAUUAAAGUGGUGUGUAGACACAACCUCAUUAAACUGCGUACAACCUUUGAGGUCAUUGUGUGAAGAUGUGAAGAGGAUUGUUUUUGAUUCUUCCACUGUAACUCUUCUUCCAGGAGGACAUCAAGUCCCUCAUAGCUCACAUUGUGGAUAACUUCUACAAAGCACUUGAAUCCAUUGAAUAUGUCCAGACUUUCAAGGGCCUGAAAGGCCGGUAUGAGCAGGAAAAAGACCGGCAAAGUCAGAGACUCAACAGGUUAGUUAGGCACAAAGUUCAUAUCAGUGGUGUGUGCUCGUCAUCUGUUUUUAAUGUGACAACUUUUAUUAAAUAGUCUCAUUGUUAUCUUUCUGUAGAUAUCGCAGAGAUGCUCGGUCGUUGGACGAAGAUGAGGAGUUGUGGUUCAAUGACGACGAUGAUGAUGACGAUGGGGAGGCCGUGGAGAAGAGCCGCAUGGAGGAUGACUUCUCUGACAGCUAUGGCAAGUACAUGGAAGCCAAAAAAGGUAGGCUGCUUUGGUUUUGAUGUAUCUUCAUUUCUUCAAAGCCCCCCCCCCAUCCAAUCCCAUUCAAACACAGUCACUAACCUUUAUUCCUGUCCCUGCAGGAGCUGCCAAUGGAGCUAAUGGUGCCAAUAAUAAUGGGAAAGCUGCUGUGAUCCCACCCGCCUCACCAGUUGUCACUCCAAACAACAGUUCAUCUUCAUCCGUCAAAACCGUAGCUCUUCCUGCAACACCAGUAGUGAAGGUAAACACGUCUGAUUACUAAGUUUAUGGAGAGUUAUUUACAAGUGGCCAGUUUCCACCAGCAUCAUUCCCACUGUAAUCCUGUGAUUUAUCCCUUAUCAUAUGAGAUAUUAUGUCCAGCUAGCUAAUCUGCAGCAUUAAAUGCUUUAGUGUGUUGGCUUGUUUGUGAAAACUGUAAAUCCUCAAAUAUAAACCAGGGCCUUUAUUUGCUUUUGUUGCGUAAGCUACCAGGGCUGUAUUAUACCAGAUACUGUCUGUCGGGGCCUGGGUCAUAAAAGGAUUGCGCAGCUUUUGCACCAGCUAAACCUGUGUGAAAGAAUAAAAAAGGCACUGCCUGUGUUUACCCUGGUGUUUGUGGGCGUCGUCAAACUUAAAUCUUUCAGUUAUCAAGACAAGAAUUCCACCUCUUGCAGACCUAGAAAUUAUAAUUAUCUACAUUAAGCCUGCUGUUAAUACUUUGAAAUGAUGUUUUUUUUUUUCAGUCUAACACACUAUAGUCUUACACACUAUAAUGCACAACUGGGUGUUUUUUUAAAAUCUGAACUAGCUGUUUUCUUCUCGCUCUCUCCUGGAAGCAAAGUGCCUAUAAACAGUGAAAUUAAUGUCACAUCUCUCAUGAAUCGACUCCACAGCGAACUGUUGGGAGCUUUCUUUUUCUACCUAGCUUAUUAAAUAUGUGGAUAAAGUUUAAAGCCAACGGGAUAAGAGCACACAGCCUCUGCCAAUAAUUUGAAGCCGACCUUUAUUCACUCGUAAAGGACAGGAUUCUGAGCGUACUAAUAGGUCCUGACCGUUAAAGAUAUAUUUAUCUUGUUUUAAGGUUGUAUGGUAUGUCAAAUGGUCACAUUUCUCAUGUAGAAAAGAGAGAGGAUCGUAGACAGGAACAUACUUUAUGUUUGUUGUACUUUGAACUUGGUUGUUUUUGUAAAACCCCCUGUUGUCUGUCUUUUUCCUCCGUAGACUGCUCUUGUUGGUUUAGUGGAUUACCCUGAUGAUGAGGAUGAAGAGGAAGAGGAUGAGGAGGAAGAGCAGUCACCAAGGAAGCGGCCCCGUCUAAGCUCUUAAGGCACUGUCCUCUGUUUGACUUCAGCUGACGGACAGUACGUCCUUCCCAUCCUCCCUCCUCUGGUUGUCUCAUUGGUCCUUGGCCUGCUUGAGACGCACAAAGACAAGCUCCCACCUCAACCAGUCUCUCCUGAUCUCUGCUCCUCUUUCCUCUCUCGGUAAAAGAGAUUGAAGACCUUCUCUAUUUUUAAAGAAAGACAGAUCAGUCUGUUCCUUCAGCCCAAUGAUUUUACCUUCUUUCUUUUUUCUGACAGUCUCCUCUUGGAGAUAACAAACUCUCCUUCUUUCUCCUGAGGAGAAACUUUGUUGAUCCUUGACAAACUCAUUCCUCCUUUCCACUCACCUGCUCUCUUUCUGAACAACUUUCUCCUCCUCAUUCUCACUCCUAUGUACUGACCAGGGAGGCUGCGGUGGAAAAAAAAAAAAAACAGUGCCAAGGCGGUUCCCAACUCUGCCAUGUUGCUAUAGCAACAGUAGCGGGGGAACUGCGGUACUACAGCAGCCCCAGAGGAUCCCUCACAUGUCCUCGUUUUGAACUCUCCUCUCCAUCUUCUCAAACCAGAACCAGUGAGAUUCAGAGACAGAGGGAGCCAGAACACAACUAGCCAGCAUAUAUGAACUGUUGAGCGCGCCAGUCAGGCUAGCAGGACUAGCCGUCGUAGUGAAACAGAAAGCUUGACUGGCUGAAGUAGUGUGUGCCACUUAACUGCUCACUGUAGUCAUGGAUAGAGGGAUCAAGGAAGCAUAUAGGAAGACAACGAUAUGUUGUGAGACAAAGGAGGUAACAAAGUGUACCAGGAUGGAAACAAAGCAGUAACAUGGCUUAGAUCCAGAGGAGCAGGACUCAGACCUAAAGAAGCCAUGGCAUUAGUUUGACCAAGGCUUUCACACACAACGUGCACACACAAACACACACACAUGCGCACACGGUGUCACACACACAGGACUGCAUUAGCCAGGAAUCCUGUAUUUCAUGACUUUGUUAAAAAGUACUGUACAGAUGUUUUUUUUUUUUCUUUUUAAUCAUUUGCCCCUGAUCUGAUUUUCAUAAGGGGAUACAGAUACCUACCUACCUGUGUAUUUUUGUUGUUGUUGCACAAAAGGUGGGCCCACUGUUCACCCUGUCAGUCCAGUUCAUUUAAUUCAAUGUAAAAUGCAGAGAAGAUGCAAAUGCUGGUUUUAAAAUAACAUUAAAACUGCAGUAAAGUCUUUUUUUGCAGCCAACUUUUUGAGGAUGUCUGGAGUUUGUAUACAAGCUGAUUGAAGAGUUUAGUGGCCCCGUUAUGAUCCACACCUAGUCCAGUUUUUUUUGUUGACCUGAGCGGUUGGCAUGCCUCCAGAGUAAGUUUCCGGAAGUUCAGCUGUACCUUUCUCUUGCAUAGAUCUCAGGUUCCCAGUUAAAGAAGCAUCAAAAACAUCAAAUGUUCCAUCUUCAAUGUGCUUAUUAACAUCUUACAUUUAGAACUGGAAGGAGAAUUACUGCUUUGAGUUGAGGGGCUUGAGGUGCCAGUUUUGAGGUCCUAAAUGUGAAGCACAAAUUGCUCCAUUUCUGCUUUCUUUCAUGAUUAAUCUUAAGUUUUCUUUAGCCUCUCAGACCCCAAAUUGAAGGAACCUUUUUUUUUUUUUUUUUAAAGAAAACUGAAGGAUCUGCUUUUUGUAAGUAAUAUCAAAUUGAUUUAACCCCAAGUUGCAGUAUUUUUUUAAAGCUUAAGAAGUUGGUGUGUUCAAACACACAACUUGCAGUUUUUACGAAGUGAGACAGCUUUGAUACAUUUCAGAGUCUGGUUUCAACAUUUCUCCUGCAGUGUUUUCUCUCCUUUGAACACACCUCAGGCACACUGAACAUGUAAGGAUGGGAAUCAGAAUGAGCUAAAAAUCUGUUACUGCAUUCAAACUUCUAAAUAAAACCAUAAGCAGCAACGGAGCACAAGUCAGACAGUUAUCACAGUUUCCAGGAGUGCGGCAGUACAACUUGUCUUUCCUACGGUCUGUAAGCAUUACCCAAACAAUGACUGUUUCUGCUCUCCUUUGAUGAAUUUGUACCAAGUGCAUUUACUACCACUAUCCAUUCUUAACAUUUGUAUGAUUUUAUUUGAGAAGUUUUGAAAUUAAAUGUGACCCUGACUUUGAACUUUG